AUGUCAGUAUUUUCGAAUAACCAGUUGUUGAAUGUGAACGAUGUUUUUGGAUUGCAAUUCCAAAAUCUCCAACAGCAAUUGACCGAUUUCGGUCGUGUUGUUGCACAACAACAACAGGUUAUAAUGCAGUUGUUGCAAAACCAACAACAACCAGUGAACACAGUUCAGUGGCCUUCUCUUCCACCUCCUCAGGCUUUUCAAAGUCAAGUCAAUCAACAAACUUCGAAACCUAGGAAACAGAAAGGUACUAACCCUAUUCCUGGUGCUCCUCCUGCUAAGAGAAAUGCACAGUCUAAUUCUCGUAAACGAACACCUAAGAAUAUCACCUUAGGAAAUUUCUUACCAAAUUCGAUCCAAAAAGGAUCAAAUAAGAAAAAGGUUCACUUUACUAAUAAGAAUUCGAAACAGGCAGCUCAGAAGCAGAAAGGAGAUAAGAAACAAAAGGCUAUUCCUCAACAACAGACUAAGAAAGCACAAACGACGACAGUAAAAAAGGUUAAUCCGAGUCAGCCGUUGCUUCCUUCUUCAGUUAACAUUGAAUUAGCUAACCGUUUCUUGCCGCUGUCUUCUGACUUACCUGAAGAUGAUGUGAUUGCUAACCUUGUUGAAAAACAGCAAAGGCCGGCAAACACAACAACAGCAGCAGCAACAAAUCCAGAUACUGAUGCUCCGGUCGUUACCAAAGUAGUCCCGGCACAAUCUAAAAGAAACAACAAAAAUAAAAAGAAAAAGAAAAAUAAUAAAAUCCAAGAUAAUCUUAGGAUUACACUUACUCCUGGACAAUCUCGAAUAGUCACAAAGGUUUCUGAAAAGAAUACUAAUGAUAGUUCGAACGUUAAGGAAACGUCGAAAAUACCACGUUACUUCGACAGACCACACCUAAAAGCACAACAGAUUGAACACUGGCUUAAGAAUGUGGCUCACGUUGAAGCCGUGCAAAACGAUGAAGUGAUAACAGCCUCACAAGGAGCCGCUUCUCACGUUGAUCGAUUAGUUGAUUUCGCCGCGAAAACAGCUUUCUCAUACGAUCAAUUGACACGAGCUCUUUUUGAAGUACAGGUCUGGUUAUUUUUCUUAGAUCUAGGCACAAGAGAACAUGAACCCCAUUGGGCAAAUGAGGUCACACUUGCUGCCAGAAGUAAAGAGGAUGCACGUAUUCGACAAUUUUGUGAGAAACGACUCCUCAAAAUAAAUUCAGAUAUCGAACGUAUCAGAAAUGAAAUAGCUAUAAUUAGCGCCCAACAUGAUUUUAAAGAACAAGAUGGGUAUGAAGCUAUUAUGUUCGAAUAUAUGAAUUACGCGUUAUCCAAGGUCCGUCGUCAUAACGAACUUAGGAUGAAAACAGCUAAAACUGAAAGAGCAGAAUCAGUAGCAUGGGAUAAGUUCUUAACUGUAGCCAACCCUGCACAAGUAUCACUCGCUCAACUAGUUAAAGCUCAACUCGCGAAAUAUCGUGCCAAGAAAAUUCGGCACGAAGAGAGAGCAGUACAUGCAACUCCCGAAGUAGAUAUGCUUCCUAAGGCAUUGCCUUCGUUAAGAUUAAACUUUAAUCUUGAUAAAGAAUCAAUGACGGAAGAGGAUAUCAAAGAUGUACGGAAAAGUAUGGAUGAUAUCACCCGAGAAUAUCGACUUAAAGCAACCGAAUUGUAUAUUCGAUCAGCUAAAAUCGAGCUAGACUAUCAAGCCACUCGUAUAACACAUUUAAUUGAAGGUUCAGUCUUAGACCCAUCACAAGGACAAGACAAUGAAGCAAAUAAAUUGUUCGAGGUCUUUACCAAAGUACAUCACUGCCAAACAGCAGCCAAGGCACAGAAAGCUAGUCUUCAUUUAAAAGAUCGGUUUUCAAAAGUAGAAGCUCCAGAUCCAAAAGAUACAGAGCCUAUGCCUAUUCCGAAAAUAGAUGCACCAACAGUGAUUAAUCAAUCAACAUUAACACUGACCGAUGCAGAGUAUUUAAUUCUGAAGAAGGGACCGCGCUUCAUCUUGAAUGAUCCUAAACGUGCAGCUGUAAGAAAAAUCCAAGAGUUACAGCAAACGUAUGAAAAAAUACGUAGCCAUAGCUCAGAUAGAGGAUGGAUUCUACCUGCAGCACAGUUAAAUACAUUCAUAGAAGCACUCACGAUUGAAUUGGAUAAAAUUCAUGAAAUCAGCAAGCCAAGCAAAGACUUGAAGAUCUGUCGUAGUCUAGAGAAGAAGUUGAAAGAUUCAAACACAAUUCUCAGGAAAACAGACAAAUCGAAAGUUUUUCACCUAGGUAAAGCAGACGAUUAUGAAGAAAAAGCCAAACAAUACAUGAUAAAGACCAAGGCGUACGAUUGUCUAGGAGAUAACAACCCUUUACAAGGUUUAAUCUCUGAAACAAAUUCGAUGCUAAAAGGCCUUUUAUCAGGCAAACAUAUCAGCUUCAGGCUAUUCAGAAGACUUUAUGUUGAAGAAAGCAAAGCUGAACUGGCACACCUGUAUUUCUUGCCAAAAGCACACAAAGCAGGUACACCCCUUAGACCAAUAGUAGCAGGUUUGAAAUCUCCUACAAUUGAAAUUUCAAGGUGGCUAGAUUCGAUAUUGAGACCACUCUUCGAUAGAUUAGCAAAAGAAACUUCCAUAUUGAAUGGAGUAGAAUUGAUUGAUCUAUUAGAAAGAUGGUCACACCAGAAUCUGAAAAGCCAAACCCAGUUUGUCACAAUGGAUGUAUCAGACCUAUACACAAUGGUCCCACAGGAAGGAGGUAUUCAGGCGAUAAAGAAGAUGCUUCGCGUUUUCCAUAUCGACCAGAUACAAGAAGUGAAAACUUCAACUAUCCUGUUAUUAGCAAGAUACGUAAUGAAGAACAAUUACUUUGUUUAUGGUAACUGUUAUUACAAGCAGAUAAGAGGAGGAGCCAUGGGCUCACCUCUCACCCUCACCAUAAGCAACGCGUAUAUGUACUUCUUCCAGACACCCAUCGUAAAAUGGGUCCAACAUGGAAAUGGUAUCUACUGCAGAUACAUCGAUGAUAUAUUUAUCGCAGCAAACACUACACACGAAUUGCUAGAAGGAUUAGUCCAGCAUUGGAAUAGGAUAGACGAAAAUAUAAAGUUAACAGCUGAUAUUUCGCAAUCAGUGAACUUUUUAGAUGUCGCAAUAGCCAAUCUAAACGGAGUGCUGCAGACAUCAGUCUUUCAUAAACCAUCGCAUGAACCGUACUUUCUACCAUAUGAUAGCACACACGCCAUGUUCAUUAAAAGAAACAUACCCAAGGCAGCUAUCAUCAGGGCAAUAAGAUAUUCAUCGGAGUUAAUGGAAUUCAGCAAAGAAGAAACGCAUAUAACCGUUUCACUUCUAUUGAAUGGAUACCCAUUACGAACUAUCCAAAGACAAUAUGAAAUUGCCUUUAACGAAAUGAAAUGUGCCUGGCCAAAUAUAGACAAUUAUCGAGAGAUACGUCAUAUUUUCCUGGCGCAUUUCUUCGAAAAAGACAAUAAAAUACAUGAAAAAGAAAUAAAUUUCGAUAUCGAAAUGAUAUUUCACUUUUCAUAUUGUCAUGGAAUGGAGAAAUUCGCAGCAUCAUUUCACGAGAAAUGGAACGAAAUCCUUGGACAAUUUGCAAUAACUAACAUUAAGCCAAUCGUUGGAUUUCGUAACUGUGAAUCCCUUCAACAAAAAUUAGUAAAGAAAAAGCCGUCAAAAGCUUUAAUUACCGUUCAAAACUGA